AGUUAAUUGAUCGCGGCGCUUAUCUAUUUGACCUGCCAUGCUGUUAAAACGCAACGCAUCGGACUCCAGGUGAUGUCGCAAGUGAUGUCUGUGUUGCCCCGGCCAUCCUGCACUUGACUAUCCUCACCAUGGCUUCGCCCGUCUUUGAACCCGUCGAGACUUCGAUCUCUCCCAGCGCCCACGAACAAACGGAUUCACUUCUCCCCAGGCCAGUGAGCCCUGGAGCAACGUUAUCGCAGGGCCCAUCACGGAUUCUACCGCGGCUCUAUGUCUCUCAUUUCCUGUCAACAUGGAAUUCCCGUAUGUUUGAGUUCGGAGCCGUCUUGUUCCUGGCCUCGAUUUACCCCGGAACUUUACUAUAUGCUUCUGUCUAUGCGCUCGUGCGAUCCUUUUCGGCCGUUCUCCUGUCCUCAUGGCUGGGUUCUGCUGUGGAUCGGUCCAAUCGACUGACUGUGCUUCGACAUUCAAUCGUUUGGCAAAGACUCCCCGUAGCGGGUUCCUGUGCUUGCUUCGUGGCGUUACUUGCCCCAUUGAACACGACAUUAAAGACACUGCUCUUUUCAGCGACAGUGCUGCUAGCCUGCGUUGAGAAACUUGCUGCUACGGCCAAUACAGUAGCGGUGGAACGAGAUUGGGCUAUUGUUGUGGCAGAUUCAUUAGAGAUUCCUCGUCGAGACCUUAAUGCUUCGAUGAGAAGGAUAGACCUUUUCUGCAAGCUUUUGGCCCCUAUUUUCAUCUCGCUGAUCGAUGGCUUUUCCACCAAGGCUGCAGUGUGGACAACCCUGGGAGUCAAUGCUACUUGUGUUGCUGUUGAAUAUGUUGCUAUCGCACAGGUCUAUGCUUCAGUCCCUCAGCUGAGCCGCCACGAACCAGUUGCCGGAUCGGAAGGCCAUCAAAGCAACGCGAAUGAACCUCGAAGCGCAACUCAGCGAUUAGCACAGAGCCUCAAAAAUGCUGCUGCUCCAUGGAUGGAAUAUGUUAGAGACCGCCUCUUUUUGGCCAGCUUCGCUUUGAGCCUGCUGUAUUUGACGGUUUUGUCCUUCGGGGCAACAAUGGUCACUUACCUGCUACACACCGGUUUCACUCCACUGCAGGUGAGCGCGAUGAGAAUCGGCGCUGUAGCGGCGGAGCUGUCAGGGACGUGGGCGGCUCCGUUCAUCAUGAACCGGAUCGGGCCCAUCCGGUCCGGAUUGUGGUUCUUGAAUUGGCAAUUUGGAUGUCUGGUCACAGCAGUGGUAGCCUUCGCCUGGCUCGACAACGCCUCUCAGGUGGUCGCUGUCAGUCUGAUUGUGGGGGUGGCUCUGAGUCGGAUUGGAUUGUGGGGCUUUGAUCUGUCCGUGCAACUACUGGUGCAGGAGGGAGUCGACGAAUAUGUACGGGCUCGGUUCUCCGCGACUGAAAUGGCUCUCCAGAACGUGUUCGAGCUGGUGUCCUAUGCGACUACCAUCGCAUUCCCUCUACCGGAGCAGUUCAAAUAUCCCGUUUAUAUCAGUUACGGUGCUAUCGCGAUGGCUGCAGCUUGCUUUGCGGCGUAUGUGCGCAGGGAACGUGGCCAUUUGCUCCACACCUCCACCUGUCUAGGCGGAGACAAGAAGCGCCUGUCACCUGAACAUGUAGUCUAUCAGAGAUUGCCCUGAGAUGUAGAUCUGUCACACAAUGAAGAAUCAUGCAUAAACCCGC